AUGACAACGCCCGCCGGGGGCCCUGGAUCUUGGAGUGAAAAUAUACUGGAAUAUUUUCUGAGAAAUAACCAGAUAACAACAGAAGAUGGCGCCCAAAUCAUCUGGUAUCAUGCAGCUAACCACAAGGUGCAAAUGAAUGAGGCACUGAGAAGUACUGCUCAAAUGAUAGAGGCCGAUGUCAUUCUUCCAAGCAAUGGAUCAGAACAUGGCCAACCAAUCAUGGCCCAUCCUCCAGAAAUAAACAGUGAUAAUACUUUACAAGAAUGGCUGGCUGAAGUUAUUAAAAGCAAUAAAGGCAUCAAGCUGGAUUUUAAGAGUUUGGCAGCUGUAGAACCAUCCAUGAUGCUCUUGGAAAAUGUCAAGAGGCAUCUGAAGCGUCCAGUGUGGAUUAAUGCUGAUGUUCUUCCUGGUCCAAAUGGAAAUAGCAGAGCAGUGGAUGCAAAACCUUUUAUAGACACUGUGACAUCCUUCUUUCCAGAUGUGACAUUUUCCCUGGGUUGGACAACAGGAUGGCACCCUGAGAAAGUCAAUGAAGGUUACAGUUGGACAAUGGUGAAAGAAAUGGAAUAUAUAUGUAAUGAACUAAAUCAGCCUGUAACAUUUCCUGUCAGAGCAGCAUUAGUCAGGCAGUCUUGUUCUCAGUUACUUUGGCUGUUGAAGCAAUCAAACAGGUAUGUCCUGACCAUUUGGACUGGAAAAAAUGAUAGCUAUUCCAUUGAAGAUUUACUUUUUAUUAGAGAUCAUUUUGACAAAAAACGAGUUUUCUAUGACAUCUUGGAACCACAAAACCAUGAAUUUAAACAAGCCAUUGGAAUCAAAAUUAAUCUCUAA